AUGCCACGCACAGCUUAUGUCACCGCGGAGGACGCAAAGGCAGCCUUCAGCCUUUUCUGCUGCGUUUAUGGCAUUGGAACGCUUGGUAUGCCGGGCAAUUUCUCUCGCGCCGGUCCGGCAAUUGCACUCGUUGCCAUGGCUUUUAUGGGUUUCGCCAAUGUGUAUGGUGCAGUUGCCAUCUGUCGUGUCAUGCUCCUCGCGCCAACGUCUGUAAAAACGUACGGUGAUCUUGGUGAUUGGUGCAUGGGCAAGCCCGGUCGCUAUCUUUCAGUCGUCUCGCAGAUGGGCAACUGUCUGCUGGUGCCUUGCGCAUUCCUUGUGCUGGGUGGCACGCUGCUUGACGGACUUUUUCCGAAAGCCUUUAGCGCGACGACGUGGAUUAUCCUCAUGGCACUUUCGUGCAUACCUGUGUGCCUGGUGCCAACUUUGAAAGAUGGGGCUGGUUCUGCUUUUGCCGGUUGUAUGGGUACUAUCAUUACCGACGUAAUUGGCGUUGGUGUUGUAAUGUACGGCAUGCGUGGUCACCCAAGUAUUCCCAAGCCCGACCUCAACUUCAAGCAAGUAGCUAGUGCUUUCGGCAAUUUGGCUCUCGCGUAUGGAGCCGGUAUUGUGAUUCCAGCACUACAGCGUCAGCAUAGCAAUCCGAAACGUAUGCCUCGCGUCGUGGGGGUCACGAUGGUAUUUAUCUCAUGCUUUUUUCUGAUCCUCGCCACCACAACAUACUCAGCAGUCGGCUGCCAAAUCUCGGGCAACCUCUUGUACACUAUCUACCCUAAUCCGGCAACAGGCCUAACCACUCUCGGCUUCGCAUCGGAUCGAGGCAUGGUCGUCCUUGCCUACCUCUUUAUGCAGCUUCACAUUACGAUCGCCUUCUCUGUGAUUCUAAACCCGGCUUUUUACAUUGCCGAGCGCAUCGUGCUUGGCAUGCACAAACCUGCCGUCUUCGACAUUGAAAACAACUUGAUGGGCUAUGCUACUGCUACCACUCCUGCUGACGUCGUUGAACACUCGGAGAAAGAGUCUCGUGUUUCCAAGCGGUCUUUUCUUUCAGUCGCUGAUCACGAAAAUACGUACUUUGCUGACCUGGAGGUGGAGGUUGCCGAAUAUCGCAGUACAAACACUAUUAAGUAUACUAUCCUACGACUUGUUAUAAUUACCGGCCUCGUAAUCGCAUCGGUGCUCCUGAAAGAUCGCUUUCACGACUUGGUCGACUUCACUGGGGCAUCUUGUAUCACGGUUAAUUCUAUUAUUCUACCCAUCGUGUUUUUGCUGAAGACGAGAUGGAACAGUAUGCCGGUUUGGGAAAAGAUUCCAGCGCUAAUUGUGGUUGUGACCUGCUUUUGUCUGGGUUGUUACGUGACGUACACGUCAGGCAAAAACUUGUUUGCUUAUGGUGAAGAUGACACGUCCUUCCCGUUCUGUGCACCAGAGUUCGAAAACACAGUGUAUUACAACUAUACGGCCAAGCACGAGAUUCAAGGCCUUUAG